CGGUUGCCGGAACGAUUUCCUUUUCCCGUCUUUCUGGCUGCUCGUGGUCCAGUGCAGGGUGUUCGGAAUAAUCCGAGCACAUCCUAUAAUCGCAUAAUAGUAAUUCAUCGUCAGGAUGUCGGAAACGUUGCAGCUUAGAGGUACCCUUCGUGGGCAUAAUGGCUGGGUCACCCAAAUUGCUACAAAUCCGAAAUAUCCAGAUAUGCUGUUGUCCUCCUCACGUGAUAAGACAUUAAUUAUGUGGAAAUUGACCCGCGAUGAGGCUAACUAUGGUAUUCCUCAGAAGCGUCUGUAUGGUCAUUCCCAUUUUAUUAGUGAUGUCGUACUAUCAUCUGAUGGCAAUUAUGCUCUGUCCGGUUCUUGGGACAAAACUCUCCGACUUUGGGAUCUGGCAGCUGGUCGUACAACUAGGAGAUUUGAAGACCAUACCAAGGAUGUGCUAAGCGUGGCCUUUUCAGUAGAUAAUCGUCAAAUUGUAUCUGGAUCUCGAGACAAGACAAUCAAAUUAUGGAAUACAUUGGCAGAGUGCAAGUAUACGAUCCAGGAUGACGGUCAUACCGAUUGGGUUAGCUGUGUGCGUUUCUCUCCUAAUCAUUCCAAUCCCAUUAUUGUCUCAGCAGGUUGGGAUCGUGUCGUAAAGGUUUGGAAUCUCACUAAUUGCCGACUGAAAAUUAACCACAAUGGACAUUCUGGUUAUUUGAAUACAGUCACUGUCUCUCCUGAUGGCUCUUUAUGUGCAUCUGGUGGCAAGGAUUGUAAAGCGAUGCUGUGGGAUUUGAAUGACGGAAAGCAUUUACAUACUUUAGAUCACAAUGAUAUUAUCACUGCAUUGUGCUUCAGCCCUAAUCGUUAUUGGUUAUGUGCUGCUUAUGGACCUUGGAUAAAAAUCUGGGAUCUUGAAAGUAAAGAGAUGGUCGAAGAACUGAAACCAGAAGUUGUUUCUGCUGCAAGCAAAGCUGAGCCUCCUCAGUGUUUGUCCCUAGCAUGGUCAACUGAUGGACAGACCCUCUUUGCAGGAUAUUCUGACAACAAUAUCCGUGUUUGGCAAGUCUCAAUACCUGGCCGUUAAGUAUUUUGUACCAUGAUAAAUAAAGGUACAGAAAAAUGAAUA